AUGGGUAGGCGUCCAGCGCGCUGCUACCGGUACAUUAAGAACAAGCCGUACCCCAAAUCGCGGUUCUGCCGAGGUGUCCCCGACCCGAAGAUCCGCAUCUUCGAUCUUGGCAAGAAGAGGGCGAAUGUCGACGAAUUCCCAGCAUGUGUCCACAUGAUUUCGAAUGAACGGGAACAUCUUUCCUCAGAAGCUCUAGAAGCCGCUCGCAUUUGCGCCAACAAGUACAUGGUCAAGAACUGCGGAAAGGACGGCUUCCAUCUCCGUGUCCGAAAGCACCCCUUCCACGUCGUACGCAUCAACAAGAUGCUUUCGUGUGCCGGAGCUGAUAGGCUCCAAACUGGAAUGCGUGGAGCUUACGGAAAGCCCCAAGGACUGGUGGCCCGAGUCGACAUCGGUGACUUCCUCUUCUCCGUCCGUGUCAAGGAAAACAACGUCAAUCACGCCAUCGAAUCCUUCCGCCGUGCCAAGUUCAAGUUCCCCGGCCGCCAGUUCAUCGUCGUCUCCCGCAAGUGGGGAUUCACAAAAUGGAGCAAGGAGGAUUACGAAAAAAUGAGGGCCGAUGGACGACUCCAAUCUGAUGGUGUGAACUGCAAGCUGGAUCUCAUCUCCGACUCACCGAAGAAAUGGGGAAGCUUGCAGGCACGCCACAUCUUCGGCGACACAUCCGGCAAAGAACAUGCAAAGGCCUACAAGAUCACGGGCAAGCAAGGGCAACAGUACCUUCUUGCAUACGGCAAUGAAUACGGAUACCUGGAAGAGCAACGCCAUUUUCGAGGAUACAACGAGAAGCAUUGCACCCCACUGCGACUCGGUGUCGAUCGUGAUGCCGUGGCUGCUCAAGACUUGUACAUCCUCGUCAACAAUGCCACAUUCGAUCAGGGCCUCGAGAAGUUCUGGGUGUUCUUCGGGCGCCACGUCGGCGAGGUGGCCAGGCUGAUCGACGUGAAGGCGCCUGCGAUCACCGCGCACUUCACCCUGAUCGAUGGCUGGGCGGACUGGAAACCGGAGAAGAUACUGGUCGACGAGUUCGUCCGUGCGCUCGCCCCCACCCUGCAGCUGAUCAUCGAGGACGGCACCCGUGCCCAGGCCGUCUACGGAAGUCCACGUUAUCAUUGGCCGAAAGAAGUCCGAAUCUAUGAACCAUUCGAGAUCCUGGAGCGUAUCUCGCUGGGCGUCGGCAAGUGUCAUUUCAAGCCGCUGAUCGCCGUCGAGACUCUGGAAACGUUGGCGUUUUUGAACGUGGCUGAGCUGUCACGUAUCGUUUGCAACCCAGCCCUGAGCCUGUUGUAUCGCUGCUUCGCCCUCUGCCGCUGGAUCCCGCUUCGCCUUGAGGGAUACCCUCCGAAUCAUCCAGCCGUCCGUGUAUUCUUCGAUGGUCUCGUUUCCAUGGUGUUCUUCCAACAGAUGGCGGCCAGUGGUAUAGACAUUCUAGAAUCCCGUAUUUGGCAACGCAAGGAGCUGGAUCCGGACCGAUUCGAACGUAUGCUGGGUCUGACUCCGGGAGCCCACCGGACCCCCUGUCAGUCCAACAAUCUGAAUCGGCGACUGGCCUGUCUUCAACGUGAUCGAGGCGAUUCAUUGGCCAAUUGCGGAUUGAUGCGCGUCAUGUUCGACAAAUACCACGGAGAUGACAGAACAAUGCCCCCGAAAUGGCCACUGUCAAGUCUAUCCGAUCCGAUGAGAAAGACGAAAAAGAAGGGAGGUGAUUCCCAGGAGAGCGAGUCUGCCGCGGUCGAUGGACCGUUCUCGUCAUACCAGCAGUGGAGCGAGGCAUCGUGUCAGUGGUACAUUCGGUAUAAGUUCAACGAACCGGAUCGUUACGAUGCGGUUCGUAAGCUUUUGGUCUCUACCAACGGAUGGAACCUCGACGAAUUUACGAAGCUCGACGAUCCCAAUUUCCAAUAUCAAUUGUUCGAUCCAGAUCAUCCGGCGGUGAUCGUGGCUCGCGUUGCUCCAAGCGAUGAGGACUCUGUCGAUAGCGAGGUCGAUGAUGUUCCGGUUCCAACCAGACAGAACGCGACGCCGCCAUUUGACCCCGAUUCUCCCGAGCCUCAGCCGAUUGCAGAAAAUGAUGAGGACAUCACGGAUCCGAUUGGGCCGAUGACCCCACCCAUCAUUAUCGGCGACGAAACGAUGGAUGAUGGACCGACUGAAGCAGUGUCGCCGCAUGGUUCCGAUCACCGUAUGGAAGAAGAGGAGCAGGUCGAAGGGAUUUGGCCCGUAGGCCUAAACCCUAUCAUCAUUAACGGUGACGAAACGAUGGAUACUCAGCCAACCGAAGCAUUGUCGCCACAUGGUUCCGAUCAUGAUAUGGAAGAAGACGAUGUGCAUCUCAUUGAUACGGUUCCGCCGGGUACGCCUGUGAAGAUUGUCCGAGACGGAUCGAUGCAUUCGGUUCACUUUGAUCCGCAACAACAGAUCCCCGAUACCCCGGCCAGCCCAUCCGGAUCAGAAGCUGAGAUGGAGAUCGUACCCGAUAGUCCAACCAGCCCACCCAGGGUCUUUGAACCGGUCGCUGCAGCUAUUCCUGAUAUUCCGGUCGAUCCAGUGCUCGGCGUUGCUGUACUGAACUCACCCCACAGCAGCGCUCCCGGUUCUUUUAUUGCGGACGACCAUGACGAUAUUGAUGAAACGGCUGCGGACUCGCUGGACCGGAUCCGAAUCCAGAGCGAUGCAUCAUAUGCAGACUCGGAUGGCACCAUCGUCGAUGAUAUGGAAGGCCAGGGAGAGGACGGCGUCGAGAACCUCGAUAUCAACGAUCGAUCUAAAGACAUUGAGGAGCCGGAUCUCGAACAGGUCUACCACGGCGACACUGAUGAGGAACCGGAGCGGGAUGAUCCAGUUCUCGAUGUUGCACCAGAUAUGGAAGCCCAUGUGGAUCAUGAAGAUGUGGAUCAGGAGAACCCGCGAAAUGUGGAUCGAAACGAUGAACAUCCCGAAGGCGAACAGCAUGAUCAGGAACCGGAUGCUCAAGAUCCGGAGAUUAAGCUGGAGGUCGAUAUCGAGGAGUCUCGUGUGAACCGAUCUCGCCGCAAAUCAGAUGGGACGCAUACGGCCCUAGAAGUUCACUAUGGAUCGCAUUGGCAGAAGACAGUGAAGCGUCAGCUUCGUUCGAUGGGCGGGGUUCAAGAAGAACGCUUCUGUCGCUCGGAUUUCCAGAAAUACAACACCAGGGCCAUUAUCCACGACAUGACUUGGCGGGAUCGCGAGAUCCACUGGCGCGAGUGGUUUAAUCGUCACACCGGGAAAUUCGACGAAACCGCCGGGAUUUGCCGACUGGGCACAUUCUCUCCUUGUGCGGUCCGAGAGCUGUGGGCCCUGCAACCAUUCUAUCAUGGGAUCCGCCUGCUCGCCGUGCACUAUCAUCGUCCGAAGACACAGCUGCACGUAGAUAUGGCCGUGGAAGGGUAUGCUGGGCGACUUACCACCGCAUGGCCUGCCAUUGUCAAUCUGAUCAACCGUGCUCCGGAAGAAUUGCCGGUUAUCGUCGAGCAAUUCAUCGCUUCACUGAGCACUCUGCAACAAGCCAUCUACAAUAGUCGUCAUCUGGCUGGACCGCAAUCCGGAGUCAAUGCCGUGGCAACCGACAAGACGAUGCAGAAUUUUGGCCUGAUCGUCAAGAAUCCGGAUGUCAACUUGCCCAUUUCGUCGCUUAUCCACUAUAUUUCCAUUAUUUGCAUGUCUUAUGGCAAUUCGCGUUUGAUUGACAUGGGCUCGAUUUACCGGGAUGUCCGCAUCCUCCCCACAGACAUUGGUCAAACGGGCCGAGAGUCUCUUGGCAAGGCUCCGUUCUCGGUGGCAAGGUUCCACGAAUGGCGCAAGUCCGGUUCCCGCCUCAACACGGUGCUGGAGGACCGCGGCUAUCUGUCGUCAUCCAUGGUAUCGUUUCUGAAGAAGGUGUGUGAGCCGGCUACCGCCUACCGUCUCGAUCCAUUUAUGAGGGCCGGCACCCCCGAUUCUACGCUAUUUCUGAACAUUACCAAUCCCGAUUGGUUCAUGUCUCGCUGGCUCGGGAAACUGCUGUCCGUGGAGGCUGAUCAGGAGUGCAAGGAUCUGGGUCAAUGCGAAGCGGAGCAGGUCUGGGAACAAUCCUGUGUCGGCAAAUUUUUCGAGACGACGUAUUUCGAGGUCGUCUUUGGUCGCUUCAAGAAGCUAUUCGAUUUCGACUCUGCGCGCACCGAAAAGCUACCCCGCUAUGGUGAAGGUCUCACCUUCGAACACAUGCACGUUCCCGAAUAUAUGGAUCAACUGGAGCGUCGUUUCGGGGAACUCCUUAUCGAGGGACAUCGCUCGAUCGUCGAUUCGUUCACCAAGCUGAAAAAUGAGAAAGCGAAACCGGAUCUCAACCGCUCGGUUUCCGUCCGCACUAAGGGCAACGACUCUGAUGCUGGAAGCCAGUCGUCUUCCAUUGGAAAGUUCGUUCGUAGUGCCGGAUCGAAGCUCAGGGGAAGUGUUCGUGCGAUCACCGGUACUAAGCGCAAGGAUGCCAAGGAUGAUCCCGACGAGGGGAACUUUUCUCGAACCGGAUCUAAGCGGCGCUCCAAGACCGGCGGGGUUGACACAUCUAAGGCUAAGCGGGCCAAGAAAGCCAAGGACGUCUCGGAGUCAGUUGAAGAGACAGAGCAGCUCACGGAUGGCAUCGCCGAGCUAAACACUAGCAUGAUCGACAACGAAUACGACUUCGACGACAAUUCCGAGGAUGCGCCCACUACCAGCCGCAAGAUCAGCGUGAAACCAGCCCAGGACACCGAUGGCAAGAAGCGCCAGCGUGCCAACAAAGUGGAGCCGAAGGCUCCGGCCGCCGUUUGGGAGUCGGCUCGUGAUGAGCCCGAUUUUGCUUGGGAA